AUGUCUAAUAGUAUAGUUCCCAGUCAAGACGAAAACGGCCCAGAGAUUGAAGAGCAGCCAGUACAAGAAGCACCUGCAUUAGUAUUAGGAGCACUCUCUGGACAAUUAGUCGAAGAUCUGAUGCCGAAAACUGGAGGUUUCGAGCCAGCUGAUUUAUCAGAUCGCAUGCACGUAAAUGUUUUUUCACCUGGAAAGCUCUUACUCCUUUCCGUGAUUGCUCGCUCAGGGGUUAAAAAAAACUUAUAUAUAAAUUUUUAUAAAAAAAAUUUUUUUUCAAAAUUUAAAAAAAUCCUAAUUCGCAAAAAUUGGAAAGCUUAUAUUUAAUUUAAUUUGUAAAAUAUAUGUUUUAAAACACAAUUUGUUAAAAAUUAAUUAGAAUUAGCCACAGAUUUCAUUAGACUAAUUAUCACUUAUAUAUAAAAAAUUUUCUAUUUAAAAAUAUUUUUGUUUCGCUCGCGGAGGGUGGAUUUUUGGGCAAAAAAUAGCGAUUUUUCUAAUGGUUUUGUUCGCUAACAGAAAGGGGGAGUUAGGGAACGAUGAUAUCAAUCCUGAAAAUAUCCAAGCAGGAGAAGAUAUCCCUUUUAUCCCUUUAAAUCUUGCCCUCAACUACGUGAGAAAAGUAACCGCUAUUUAGAUGGAAGAAGAUAUGAAAGCAAUGCACAAAAAUCAUGUCUCAAUUCUCGAUAAAAUUGACAAAUGCUAUUACGAUAUAGAGCAGGAUACCCACAAAAAAUAUAGAGAAUUCAUUGAAAAAUACAAGUCGCAGCAUGAGUUUAAAUAUUCGAAGUUGCGAGCAUCUUAUGAUGAAAACAAAAAGGAAAAAGAAGAACUCAAAAACUGGGCAGAUGAAACUAUUAAGCAAUUGCAAGCUAAAAUCAGAGAACUUACUGAGGAAAAGAAAAAGCUGCUUGAAGAUUACAAUCAAUCCCUAGAGGGAGGACAAAGCUCUUCACAAGCAGCUAUAAAAGCGGUUGAGCAUGAAUACUUGAUGAAGAUGGAAACGAUGAAGCAAGAACAUGAAAAAAAUAUUGAACAGCUCAAAGCAGUCGCUGUGCCGAUUCCUGUUCCUGUUUCUGCUUCAAACAAUGAUGAAAUUAAUAGACUUAACCGCGAAAUUGUAGAGCUGAAAAGGCAGCUUGCACUUGUAGUUGUUCCUGUUGUAGAUAAUAAAGAAUCGGAGAAGUUGGCCAGAGAAAAUUUUGAGCUUAGACAGAUGCUAGCAGAAAUGGAGGCACAGCAGAGAAAUGAUAAAAGUGAAAUUGAGAGAUUGAAAUCUGAAGUUGCAAGAUUAACUGAAGAUAACUCUCAACUUGCCUUGCUAAUUAAAUCUCCUGGAGUAGAUGAAGGGCUGAGCUUGGAAGAACGCGAAAGCUUCAAGAAGCAACUUGAUGAGCAACAAGCCUUAUACACCUCAUCAAUAGCAGCAAUUAGCUCAGAAAGAGACAGCUUGAAACGAGAACUUGAUGCCAUCAAAGGACACAUGAACCAACCUAGCGACUCUGACGAGCCAGAAAUCCAGUUUCUUAAAGCCCAAUUAACCUUUUUAAAUACCGAGCUUGACAAUAACAGAUCUACAAUAGCAGAAUUAGAAGCAAACCAAGCAAAAAUACAGUCAGAAGCUGAUUCCUCUCAAAAGCGCCAAGCAGAACUCUCUGCAGCAUUAACUCUUUCAAAUGACCGCGUAAGUCAGCUUGAAGCACAACUUGCAGACAUUUUAUCAAAGCCGCCAAAAGUGGUGUCGGAUCCUGAAGAUAAGAAAAAGAUUGCUGACCUAGAAGUUUUGAUUGCAAAACUCAAUGUUAAGCCACAGUCUGAUGGAAAAGACAAAGAGAGGAUUGCUGAGCUAGAAGGUAAACUACGAGAAUUAAGCAAGCUAGGUGUGGUUGCAGCCCCUGCUGUAUCAAAUUUGGAAGCCCAAGAAGAAUUGGAUAGAAAAGCUCUUGAACUUGAAAGGGCAAAUGAAGAAAUUGCAAGCUUAAAAGAGCAGCUACUACAAGCAACUGAAAUUCCUGCAGCUAUGAUGACUGCUAAGUCGGGAGAUGACAAAGAAAAAGCUAGCUUGAGAAAACAGCUUAAUAAAGCUCACAAUCAUAUUACACUGCUGCAAGAAGAAAUUGAAAAACUUAAACAAGAAAGAAAAGAUGACAAAGAGCUGGAACUUUUGAACACUCAAUUGAAGCAAGCCCAUGCAAGAAUUGUAGAAUUAGAAAGCAAACUAAGGGCAUUAAAAGAUGCUGGGAAGUCUUCAAGCUCCCAAGCUAUUCCAGCAGUCUUACCAGUUGUCUUGCCUAGUUCUUCUUCUCAAGAAGCUUCUGGAGCAUCAAAUGAAGAGGUGUCUGCAUUAAAAGAAGAAUUAGAAUUCUUAAAAUUAGAAAACGAAAGACUUUCAAAUGAAAAAGCUGCAAUGGUAGGAUUAGCUGCAGAUGCACAAGCCUCUGGAGAUUCUAAAUCAAAUCAAAGAAUUGCCCAAUUAGAAGCAGAAUUGUCUUCUAGACCUGAUCAAAAAGAAGUAGACCAUCUGAAAGCCCACAUCAAGCUUCUUGAGUCCCAAAUCCAAGAAAGUUCUUCUUCGUCUUCUGACCAGCUUAAAAAGCUCCAGCAGCAAAUUCUCGCCCUUCAAAACACUCACAACGAAAAAGUGAGAGAAAUGGAAAUCCAAGCCAAAAAUGCUUAUAACGAAAAUCAAGGGAUCAUCAAGAAAAUGGCCCACGACCAAGCAAAUUUGCAACAAGAUAAGACUGAGCUUGAAGCAGCACUUGCAGCAGCAGGGGCAUCUCAAGCAAAAAUGUCAAGAGAAAUAGACGAGCUAAGAAAAGUUGCAGGACAAGCUGAAGAGUACUCAAAACAAGUCAUAGCGCUUACAGCGACUGUAAAAGAAAUGCAAGAACACAAUAAAAUAAAAGAAAAUGAACUGAAAGAAUCAAUAAGACAAAGGAAACUUCUGCACAACCAGCUAGAAGAUUUGAAGGGGAAAAUCAGAGUUUUCUGUAGAGUUAGACCGUUGAGUCGUAGAGAGCUUGAAAUGGACUCUGUAAAUAUCACAUCUAUUGUAGAUGAAUUCACUAUAAACUGUGAAGCCAAAACUGGUCAAAUCAAACCAUUCAUGUACGACUCGGUCUUCGGGCCAAACUCUACACAAGACGAUGUCUUUGAAGACACCAAAAGACUGGUUCAAAGCGCAGUUGAUGGCUACAACGUCUGCAUUUUCGCUUAUGGGCAGACGGGGUCAGGAAAGACUUUUACUAUUCAAGGGUCUCCUGACAACCCUGGAGUUACUCCAAGGGCUGUUGACGAACUAUUUAGAAUUCUAAACUCUAUGCCAUCACACUACUCAUGGGAAGUCAAAUGCUACAUGGUCGAGCUCUACCUAGACAACUUAGUUGAUCUAUUUUGCCCGAAAGAAAACUUAGGAAACCCUCCUCCACUUAACAUCAAAAAGGAUCCUAAAGGUAUGGUAGUUAUCCCUGAAGCAUUUCAAUAUACCAUAAAAACACCAAAAGAGCUUAUGGACAAGUUCUACGAGGGCAACCAAAACCGCCAUACAAGUAGCACAAAAAUGAACGACACAUCGUCGCGUUCCCAUUUAAUUUUCAGUGUCCUCAUUGACGUAAUGAACCAUGAAACCCAGCAAAGGACAGUUGGGAAGCUAAGUCUAGUUGAUUUAGCAGGCUCAGAAAGAGUCAGCAAAACUGAAGCAACCGCUGAAAGACUGAAAGAAGGAAGAGCCAUUAACAAAAGUUUAGCAGCACUAGGAGACGUAAUUUCAGCUCUCAGUUCAGGAGAGCAGCAUAUACCUUAUAGAAAUAAUAAGCUUACGAUGCUUAUGAGUGAUUCCUUAGGAGGUACAGCAAAAACAUUAAUGUUUGUAAACGUUUCACCUGCUUCUUAUAAUAGAGAAGAAACUAUGAUGUCUCUUUAUUAUGCUGCCAGGGUUAAACUUAUUCAGAACGAACCAAUUAAGAAUAUAGAAAGUAAAGAAAUGUCGAAUAUGAAGCAAAUGAUUAUUGAGCUCACUGUUGAAAGAGAUAAGCUGAAAGCAGCAUUGGAAGCCAGCGGGAUUGAUGGAAGCCAAGUGGAUAGGCUCGCAGCACAAGUAAGACAGGCUGAGGAGUUUAAUGAUGCAAAGUAUGAUGAACUUUAA